AUCUAGGACAACCAGAAAUACUUGUACGAAAUGAUGAGAUAAAGGCAGAGGGAGCAGACUCCUCGCUCCAGACUCUGCCUCUCCGCUCAGCUCACAGGUAAUUGUUCUCAGUGUUUGAACUUCACUUUUGUUCGCAAAGUGACAGAGCGAUGUCUGGCUGCUGCGGCUGCUCACUGUGGGAAUACACCGAAAAGGCGUAUCAGUUUAUGAGCGAGUUUUUAUCAGUGAGUCAUUCUCACAAGGAUCCGGCUGACAGAACCAGGAAGCCUAGUAAAAUGGAUAUUAGUCUGUUGGAGGAGCAGUAUUUGUGCACGAAGCAGAAACAGAAAGAACAAGCGCACAUUAUUGUGUUUAAAGCAGGUACGUGGAAUUAUUCCAUCUAGGGACUGCUGCUCUGUCUGUAAUGCAAGAGCACAAUGUGUCGCAGUGUACAGUGUGCAUGGUGUGUGAUGUGUGUCGCAGUGUACAGUGUGCAUGGUGUGUUAUGUGUGUCACAGUGUGUGUGAUGUGUGUUGCAGUGUACAGUGUGCAUGGUGUGUGAUGUGUGGAGCAGGGGAACAGAUUGGAAAGUUUUUGAGCCAGUACUUGAAUGACGGCCAACUGCUGCCUUUCAGGAUAACAGCUCCCAUCAUCCUGAUCUGCAAAAUAACUGGUUCAGCAUGAUGAGUGUUGUAGUACAACAGGUGGAGGUACCAAGUAGUCGGGGGCCAGGAGUAUCCAGUGAAAACAUUCUGGGGGGCAAAAUCCUAAUCCGUGCAGAUACAAUUUAAAGGGAAGGGCAAUCUCCAGAGACGCAUUUGCCACUCAUGCCCCGUGGUGCAGUUGCCCAUGUUAAUGGCUGAUGUCCGUGUCUGUUUACUGUGUGUUAGCCACGAUCAAUGGGGCAACCACCAAGUUGCAGAAACAGCUGUUUAACCCAUUGUUGGCUAUCUAUGGCCUCCAUUAUAUGUAAUACAUGCAUUUAGGCUGGAUGGAACAAUGGGUAGUGUGCUUAACAAACAUUCGUACUGCCAAAAUUAGCCAUGACUGGUUCAGGGACACUACUGAGCUGUAGGGGCCACAUCAAAUGAUAAACGUGAGAGACUUCCUACGUGUGACUCUUAUUUAUUAAAAUCUUAUUUUACUAUAUUUCAUGAUGUUUACACCACUUGUGGCUCCCUAAAUCUUUAUGCUCAAGAACAAAUAUCUUUACAAUGCUCAUCUUGCCAAUGGUUUAAAAGGCUAUGUCGCUUCUUUUUUUUUUUACAGUAUAGCUUUAUCCAAACAACAAUAUUCAUACAUGGCUUUGUGAAAUAGCAAGUAGAGAUGUUUGAAAAAUCAGCUCACAACUCCUCUCUGAGCUGAGAAUUGAAUGUCUCUAUUCUAAAUAGUGUAUUCUGCGUGUUCCUGGAAGUCUUAUUCGCUUUUUAACUCAAAGCAAUAAGGCCACCUGAAUCUGAAUGCGGUCUCCUGAGACUAAUUUUUCUGGGUUUGCGAAAAGUCCCCAUUUUUUGAUUUUGUCCAGGGAGUACGCUUCCACACAUACGCUGGGGCAAUAACACACCAACUGCAUAAAUCUGGACCUCCCAUCUGGUCUCAUCUGGCAGAGGAGGGCAUAAAUAUAAGUUAAAGGGACACUCCGGUUACCAUAACAACUUCAUCUAAAUUAAGUUGUUAUGUUGACCGGAGUGUUCCUCUAACCUUGACUUCACAGGGUACUCCGAAGACAGGACUAUACAGUCCAUAAUCACUUGUGCACUUCACGAGUUCACAUUUGGCACAAGACACACUUUUUACAUCAAGAAGUCACAGAACAUGGGGUUUAAUACAAUAACUAUAAUUAAAGUAGAAUAUCAGCUGGUCUGUGUUAAACGUCCUGGCUGGGAAUUCUCAAAAAGUAGAGAUGGCAUUUGAAUAUAAUAACAUAUUUAAAUAGUGAAACCAUAUAGAAUCUUACACUCUAAGCACCACAGCCACUACAAUAUGUGUAGUGGUUAUAGUGCCAGAAAUUGUGUCUAAAGUCAAACUAUUUUUAAACAGUUUGAUACUUGUUUGAGUAUUUACACUCCUGAAGUCCAGUCUCUCUUGGCAGAUGUCAGUAAAGCAGACCCCAUCCACAUUAAUAAUAUCAAUAUGCGUCGGCAUUUUGACAGAAUUGUGUCUGCUGACACUGUUGGCCAAUAAAUUCAGUUCUAGGAAGAAUGGAACUGAUAUCGCUGAUGUGGACUUGGGAACCUCCGCGUUAGUGAUAUCUGUGAAGGCAAUUUAGUUGGCAUUAUGUAGUGGUUAUGGUACUUAGUGUGCCCCUUUAACAAAAGUCAUUUUUAACACUGUCCUCGUCCUUUGAUUAUUGCAAUGCCUCAAGGUCUAACUGUCUGUAGCACAGAUCGGGGUUUGGCAAGAGUUAAUUAUAGGGAAGUUGGAAUUGAUUCUCUAUGGGUGUGUCUGCAUUCAAUGGGCUUUAAAAAUAAUUAUACUAAUAAAUUAAAUAUUCUGCAAGUUAUGAGUCAUAAAGUCACACAAAUUAUUUUCCAAAAUGUCUGUCUUAUUUUUCAUCAACAAGGUAUCUCUUGAAGACUCUUGAUAAGUUUGUUAAAACCCAUGCCAGGCAGGUGAUCUCAAAGUCUCGUUACAUUGAUUAAGCAAGAAUCGUACCCUUUAUAAAUUCGCCAUAACUCACUUCUCCCUGCAAUGUGUAGGACAAUGGCUUUAUAAGGAUACUUUUUUUUUUUUUCAUUUAUAAAAUUGCAAUUUAGUUAGGGAGGGUGUCUGGGUUUUUUUUGUUUUUUUUGUGGGGGGGAUUUGCAAAAAUAUUUCAAAACUUUCUAAAAUGAUUUAGAAUUUUUGUAUACCAUAUUAAAGGGACUCUAUAGGCACCCAGACCACUUCAGCACAUUGAUGUGAUCGGGGUGCAUAGUCCCAGGUCCCUUAACCCUGCAAUGGUAAUUAUUGCAAUUUUUAUUAAACAGCAAUAAUUACCUUUAAGGUUAAUUCCACCUCUAGUGGCUGUCUACCAGACAGCCACUAGAGGGACGUCCGCGUGAUUAGGCGACUUUUGUUCGCCUAACUAACGCUGGAUGUCUGAGGCUAUGCAUAAGGACAUCCAGCGUCAUGUAAAACCCCAUAAAAAAAGCCUUAUAUAUGUUAUCCUAUGGGAGAAAUACUAAUGCUAGUGCGGCCAUUAAGGUAGGUGACAGAAGAGGUUUUAAAAACAUUGUUUUCCUGGCACUAUAGUGUCCCUUUAAACAUGUCAUAUCAGUAUAAGCCUUCAUUGUCAGUCUCAUCAUCGUCACUAUAAUAAUUAUAGUAAUAAUAAAAGUAAAAUAUUGCACUUAAUACAAAUUAAACAUGUCAUAUCAGUAUAAGGUCAGUCUCAUCAUCGUCACUAUAAUAAUUAUAGUAAUAAUAAAAGUAAAAUAUUGCACUUAAUACAAAUUAUUGAAGGUAUAUGAGGUAGAUAUAUAGACUGAUCAAUAUGCCAUCAUACAUGUGAUUAUUUGUUUUUUUGUACAUUUUUAUUUUUGUGGCUGAGUUAGUACAUCACUAUAAACACAAGACAAAAAAAAAAAGACUUAAUGAGCAGUUGCAUGUAGUAUAACAGGUAGCUGAGACAUAUGCACAAAUCAGAUAGUAACGCAUGAAACGUUACGAUGGUAAGCAAGGCUCAAUGGAGAUAAAUGAGACCUUAACUUUACACACCGCCCUGUUCUAUGGCGAUACCGAUGCUAUACAGACAGACACGUGAAAGGUGAUGGUGUGUGUUACAAACAUAGCAAUGCUUGCGCUGGGUCCACAGGCUAUGGUGAGAUAUUAGGCAGGAAACAUAGGCUACAUCUCUAUCCUGUGGGGAUGUAUUUAAAUACAGUUAAUCAUGACUAAAUAGCCUGAGGGUGAGAACCGAGCUAAGUAUAAAAAAGCUGGAAUCACAGGCUCCAACGAGGCUCCCAUAGGAACCAAAUAAAAACAUAAAAGGAAUACAAAAGGCAGUGUAAUUGCAAUGAGUAAAGAAAUGCAACAAACAGGCAGCAGGCACCAAGCUUCAGUCGGUGCCACAGAUAGGCCACAUUUGAAAGCUUGCUUUACAUCCACUUGCAUUGGCUCUGUUAUGAUGACUGUCAUCCUUCGAUGAAAUUGUGGCAGACUGGCAUAGCAGUGCCCGGCAGCCCUAUCUCUCCGAGCCAGAGUUCUUGCUGAAACCAACACCAGAAGUCCACUGACCCCUCCACGCAUGGUGUUAAUGCCGUGAUCCUGUGAAAGUUCCUCUUGGGAGAGACCCUCUCCAGGUUGAUGGUGGUGGUCUGGAAUACCUUCUGUCUGGGUUACCUGCCCAGAGGGAGAGCAAGGGGCCGAGACAUCGCCCACAACAGCAGAAAGGGUGAGUUGGGUUUUGCAGCCCGAGACUUUGAGUCAGAAGGUUGCGCAGAUGGCCUCACUAAGAAGGAUUCUUCCCAUUUCCCAGGCUGAAAAGUGCAGUGAAGUAGUAGCCAUCUUGUUUCUACCACGAUGUCGCAGUGAACUUGUGGAUGAGGUACUUUACAGGCGGUAGGUGAAGCUUCCGUAGUGGGGACUCGGAGAACACUCACCGGUCUAGAGGGGAGAUAAAGGGGCUCUCAGUGGACACAAUAUUCGGCUCUCCACAAGCCAGCAGAUCGACAGUUUCUCCCAUUCACAGAGGAAGAUAGCGUUACUAGGCCUCAGUCGCUCUGGUUGUUAUAACCCUCAGACAGAUAUUAUCUUGUACAAAAGUGUUAUAUUUCUAGGCACAGUCAUGGCAUACCAUGUAAAUUAGAUUAACCUCUGCACUGCAAUACGAGCAGGUGGUUGCGUAAGUUUCAGUAUUGCUUUUCUGUGAGAUGUCUGAGCACACAUGAUUGCUACAAGAACAGAAUUCUUCCAUUAGAUAAACACAAAACCUUCUCUGUAUCAGUCAGCGCCUCUGUAAUAGGAUUGUUAUUGGUUAUAUAAUUAUGUUUUAAAAAUCCUUAAUAUUUAUGCUGCAAUUGUAUUUUAUGACCUAAAUUUUCCCAGUACCUUGUUUUGUAAAAUACUAAAUCUCAGAGGCGAUUUAUUGUAUUAAACUUGCCUUUUGAAUUGCCAAUGGGUGUUUGUUUUAACAGUUGUUACUUUUUAAAUCCAUAUUCUGGAAAAGCAAGAGUCUGCAAUGCAAACUACUUAAACCUCAUGGUGCCAAGUUUGAGGGUCCCCUCUGUCUCCCUGUCAAACACACCUAUGGCAGAGAGACAGAGGGAGAGGACCUCCUUACACUAUAACCUUAUAACGGUCUAUAAUACACUGUGUGCGGGGAGACAGGGGAUCUCCUUAUACCAUAACUUUAUAACUGUCUAUAAUACACCAUGUGCGGGGAGACAGGGGAUCUCCUUACACUAUAACAUUAUAACUGUCUAUAAUACACCAUGUACGGGGAGACAGGGGAUCUCCUUACACUAUAACCUUAUAACUGUCUAUAAUACACUGUGUAUGGGGAGACAGGGGACCUCCUAACACCAUAACCUUAUAACUGUCUAUAAUACACUGUCUGCGGGGAGACAGGGGAUCUCCUUACACCAUAAUCUUAUAACUGUCUAUAAUACACCGGUUUGGGAGACAGGGGAUCUCCUUACACUAUAACAUUCUAACUGUCUAUAAUGCACCAUGUACGGGGAGACAGGGGGUCUCCUUACACUAUAACAUUCUAACUGUCUAUAAUGCACCAUGUACGGGGAGACAGGGGGUCUCCUUACACUAUAACCUUAUAACUGUCUAUAAUACAAUGUCUGCAGGGGGAGACGGGGGAUCUCCUUACACCAUAACCUUAUAGCUGCAGUUAUAAUACACUGUGUGGGGAGACAGGGGAUCUCCUUACACCAUAACCUUAUAGCUGCAGUUAUAAUGCACUGUGUGGGGAGACAGGGGAUCUCCUUACACCAUAACCUUAUAACUGUCUAUAAUACACCAUGUACAGGGAGACAGGGGAUCUCCUUUCACUAUAACCUUAUAACUGUCUAUAAUACACCAUGUACGGGAGACAGGGGAUCUCCUUACACUAUAACCUUAUAACUGUCUAUAAUACACUGUGUGCAGGGAGACAGGGGACCUCCUUACACCAUAACCUUAUAGCUGCAGUUAUAAUGCACUGUGUGGGGAGACAGGGGAUCUCCUUACACCAUAACAUUAUAACUGUCUAUAAUACACCAUGUACGGGGAGACAGGGGAUCUCCUUUCACUAUAACCUUAUAACUGUCUAUAAUACACCAUGUGAGGGAGACAGGGGAUCUCCUUACACUAUAAUCUUAUAACUGUCUAUAAUACACCAUGUACAGGGAGACAGGGGAUGUCCUUACACCAUAACCUUAUAACUGUCUAUUAUACACCAUGUACGGGGAGACAGGGGAUCUCCUUACACUAUAACCUUAUAACUGUCUAUAAUUCACUGUGUAUAGGGAGACAGGGGACCUCCUUACACUAUAACCUUAUAACUGUCAAUAAUACACUGUCUGCGGGGAGACAGGGGAUCUCCUUACACUAUAACCUUAUAACUGUCUAUAAUACACUGUCUGUGGGGGGAGACAGGGUAUCUCCUUACACUAUAACCUUAUAGCUGCAGUUAUAAUACACUGUGUGGUGAGACAGGGGAUCUACUUACACCAUAACCUUAUAGCUGCAGUUAUAAUACACUGUGUGGGGAGACAGGGGAUCUCCUUACACCAUAACAUUAUAACUGUCUAUAAUACACCAUGUAUGGGGAGACAGGGGAUCUCCUUAAACCAUAACCUUAAAACUGUCUAUAAUACACCAUGUACAGGGAGACAGGGGAUCUCCUUACACUAUAACCUUAUAACUGUCUAUAAUACACUGUGUGCGGGGAGACAGGGGACCUCCUUACACCAUAACCUUAUAGCUGCAGUUAUAAUACACUGUGUAGGGAGACAGGGUAUCUCCUCACACCAUAACCUUAUAGCUGUCUAUAAUACACUGUGUGCAGGGAGAUAGGGGAUCUCCUUACACUAUAACCUUAUAACUGUCUAUAAUACACUGUGCGGGGAGACAGGGGAUCUCCUUACACCAUAACCUUAUAACUGUCUAUAAUACACCAUGUACGGGGAGACAGGGGAUCUCCUUACACUAUAACCUUAUAACUGUCUAUAAUACACCAUGUACGGGAGACAGGGGAUCUCCUUACACUAUAACCUUAUAACUGUCUAUAAUACACUGUGUUCGGGGAGACAGGGGACCUCCUAACACCAUAACCUUAUAGCUGCAGUUAUAAUACACUAUGUGCGGGGAGACAGGGGACCUCCGUACACCAUAACCUUAUAGCUGCAGUUAUAAUACACUGUGUGAGGGGACACAGGGACAGGGGACCUCCUUACUCCAUAAAAUUAUAGCUGCAGUUAUAAUACACUGUGUGAGGGGAGACAGGGGACAUCCUUACACCAUAACCUUAUAGCUGCAGUUAUAAUACACUAUGUGCGGGGAGACAGGGGACCUCCGUACACCAUAACCUUAUAGCUGCAGUUAUAAUACACUGUGUGAGGGGACACAGGGACAGGGGACCUCCUUACUCCAUAAAAUUAUAGCUGCAGUUAUAAUACACUGUGUGAGGGGAGACAGGGACAGGGGACCUCCUUACUCCAUAACCCAUAACCUUACAGCUGCAUUUAUAAUACAACGUGUGUGGGGACACAGGGACAGGUGACCCCCUUUCACCAUAUACCAAGUUAUACCAAUACACUGUGUGCAUGGAGACACUGACAAAGGACAUAUGCCAGCAGCAGAAACUGUCCCAUUGCUUCUUUACAACAAGCUGACUAAAUUUGGAAAUUAUCUUCUGCAAUCAAACUCAGUGUUUUGAUGAAUCCAAAAAUAUGUUUUUUCUACCUGUUUGUGAGAUGACUAUAUUCCAGUGCCAUAUGUGUAUGUGCUGUGUUUGCAAUUAUCACCCCCUUGCAUUUAGCUGCUGCUUCCUUGUUUGAUUUGGCAGUUUAAAUUGGGGGCUGCCCAAGUAGCUCAGGCGGUUGUGUUUAUUUAUAGUUUAACUCACAAUAUUUCAUCUCUCUAUCUUUCGAGCCGGGAUAACUUAAUCUUGAGCAAAUAAUUAAAUCCAGAAACAUAAACUAACCGGGCAUUCUGAGUAACCUUCAAAGUUUUUGUUUUGUUAUAGCUAAUCAGUGAUUUAGUUUACUUUAUUAGUUUUCUUUAUCAGGUACAUGCUUUCAUUUAUUAACGUCCUGUAAAAUGUGAUAGGUCUAAGGUCAGUACCAAGUAAUAUAUAAUGUGUUAUGUCAUGGGCACGUGUGGCAGAAUUGCGUGUUUGCACUCCCAGAAUUGCACCUCUUUCAUCCAUUUGUGUGUAUCUUCUUACUCCCUAUUGUGUGCCUCUCCUGAACCCCUUACCCUUUUCGUGUGUCUCUUAGCCCCAAUUACUCCCUUGUGUGUCUCCAAACUGCCCUUACCGCUUGUAUAACUCUCUGUGUGUCUCUUAACUCCCGUCCACUUAAACUUUGUGUGUCUCUUAACCCCCUUCUUAGUGAUAAACUGGCUAUGGGCAGUUCUGAUUUUAUUGGUAACUUAUUGACAAUUUUCUGAAACAAUCUAAUUAUUGUCUCACUACAUGUUCUGCAAUUUAGAUGUUUAAAUUGAUUACUUCCAGUUCUGCUUUACCAAGUGCAAAUUAAAAUCCUUUCACAUGCAGAAACGUCUUCUGAAUAUUUUGCCCGACAUACACUGCCUGGCCAAAAAAAAGUCACUACCAAAAGAAAAGGUCACACACUCUAAGAUUUUGUUGGACCGCCUUUAGCUUUGAUUACGGAACGCAUUCACUGUGGCAUUGUUUCGAUAAGCUUUGUCACAAGAUUUAUUUCCGUCAAGUGUUGCAUUAAUUUUUCACCAAGAUGUAUUGAUGAUGAGAGAGUCGGACCACUUUGCAAAACCUUCUCCAGCGCAUCCCAAAGAUUCUCAAUGGGGUUAGGGUCUGGACUCUGUGGUGGCACAAUGUCACAAUUUGAGCCCGAUGAAUCCUGGCAUUUUCAUCUUGGAAUAUGCCUGUGCCAUCAGGGAAGAAAAACUCCAUUGAUGGAAUUCAGUAUAUUCAGGUAGUCAACUGACCUCGUUCUUUUGGCACAUAAUGUUGCUGAACCCAGACCUGACCAACUGCAGCAACCCCAGAUCAUAGCACUUCCCCCACAGGCUUGUACAGUAGGCACUAGGCAUGAUGGGUGCAUCACUUCAUCUGCCUCUCUUCUUACCCUGAUGCACCCAUCACUCUGGAACAGGGUAAAUCUGGACUUAUCAGACCACAUGACUUCCUUCCAUUGUUCAUGAGUCCAAUCUUUAUGCUCCCUAGCAAAUUGAAGCAUUUUUUUUCCAAUUAGCCUCACUGAUUAGUGGUUUUCUUAAGGCUUCACAGCUGUUCAGUCCCAAUCCCUUGAGUUCCCUUCGCGUUGUGCGUGUGGAAAUGCUCUUACUUUCACUAUUAAACAUAGCCCUGAGUUCUACUGUUGUUUUUCUAUUAUUUGAUUUUGUUCCAACCACAUUUCUCCCUCGAAGAUGGUAUCCCACUAUCCUUCCAGUUUUUAAUAAUGCGUUGGACAUUUCUUAACCCAAUUUUAGUAGUUUCUGCAAUCUCCUUAGAUGUUUUCUCUGCUUGAUGCAUGCCAAUGAUUUGACCCUUCUCAAACAGACUAACAUCUUUUCCAUGACCACGGGAUGUGUCUUUCGACAUGGUUGUUUAAAAAAUGAGAAGCUACUCAUUGCAUCAGUUUGGGUUAAAUAACUUGUUGCCAGCUGAAAGAUAAUCGCCCAUGCAGUAACUAUCCAAUAGGAGGCCCUUACCUAUUUGCUUAGUUAAAUCCAGGUGGUGACUUUUUUUUUGGCAAGGCGGUGUAUUUUUAUAUGCUACAGAACAAAUCUAUAGCAUAUAAAUAGUUCAGCAGGUACUUUCAGUUUGUUUCCAAGAUUAUUGACUCAAGUUUGGAACCUUGUCCCAAAGUAACUUUGUGUACAUAACCCCACUGCGUCCAAGUGAACUGUGUUCAAACGAAAACAAUACCAGAGUAGAUUGAGCCAAAAUAUCGGGGUCAAGAAGCAAAUUCAUAUUAUAAGCUUCUAAAAAGGUAUUUAUCAAAGUAUAGCUACUAACUGGAACUAUAAUUGUAAAAUACUCAGAGAUUAACUUUACUUUAACAGAGAACCGGCAAUACUUUGUAGGGACAUUAAUAUAGCAAAGUCAGGGAAUUGGUUAAACUGGGUCGAUGAUAUUUUGGCCUGUAUGACUACCAGGCUAAGACAUUUUGCCAAUGUAUACCUAUCUCUAAGAGGUAGGCAAUCUGUACAUAGCUUUUCCUCACCUAAAGGACUGAGAAAACCAAUGCCAAGGGACAAUUCCAGAAUAUGUUCCGCUUUGAACAUCUAAACAGUGAUAAAGUUCUAUUUAAAACCUAUUUUUAACGUAUGUACUGAAGACAGAGGGCAUUGAAAACAGCUUUUAACUAUCUCCAGUUUGCAAAUUACACUCUUUAAAUUCUAAAGUAAACCAUCAAAGCACUCAUUGAUUUAAUAUUGACUCAGUGGACAUGGGGCGUUUUGUUCGAUGAUUUCAUAGUUUGUUUGCUUCCUUGGCCAGAGUCCAGCUAUUGCUGUGUGCAUUAGAAUUGAGUUAUGUCAUUAACUGCUUAGGUCCAGGAGAACCUAUAUAUGGGCUUAUUUAUACUGCAGCAAAACAAUGUAAUUUUUUAUACACGAUUCAAUGCCAUGUUGCACUACCAUUUAAUGGAACCUUUCCAAUUAGUCAGCCUUUCUAAAGCAGCCCCAAUCAGCUGAAGAUGCUGUUGUUAGGAAGGGUAAAUAUGUAGGGGCAAUAACAGCUGAGCUGUGACAUCAUAUACAGAAACGACCAAAAUAUGAAACACAUAAUGUGAAGAAAAUCAUCUAGAUGAUGACACUGGUCACUGCUGAGUUCCAGACUGUAUCUGGUAGCAGACACAAUGAAUCAGGGUAAAGCUUAUUGUGACUGGACCCAGAGGCAGUAGAACAUUUUCUAGGUUUCGAAUCAUGCAUCACUAUCUGGCAGUCUAACGGAUGACUCUGGGUUUGGGUAAUGCUGGGAGAAUGCUACCUGUUUUACCAGCAAGCUAUGGGUUUCAGGCUGACCAUUUAUGGUAGAUAUAGUUAUUCACUAAACCGAUGUUUAGCUAAUAAAAGACUGCAAGUCUUAAAGGGACACUCCGGACUCCUGAAGAGCUUCAGUUUACUAAAGUGCUUUAUGUGUGAAGAGUGUAUCCUUUUUAUUCUUUUUUAAUUUUGCAAAAAGUGCAGGCAUCCAUAGAAAUGUCACUUUUUUUAAAUUAACCUGGUUACACCCCCUGGCUGUCAAACAGUCAACUGGUCCUGUUACUUCCUGGUUUCGUUAGUACAGUGGAGCUAAAUUCACAGAAUGUCUGGGCUGUUGAAGAAGGUGGGGGCUUGCAAGAUUUGCAGCUUUUGCAAGCUGUCUUUAGAUACAACCCUAUCCACCAAUAAAAUGUAUGUUUUCGUUGGAGUUAUAUCUACUAAACUGUGAAUUUUAUUUUUGUAUUCGGGCAGUGGAUUGUCCCUUUAAGUAAAACUGAACGCCUUCAUUAAAUACAAACUAAUAAUUUACUAAUAUAUAUGUCCUUGUGGAAAUGUCCUUGUAGCACUGGAACAGGAUGGAGGUUGUUUCCUAAAACCGGAAUUUGCUGCUAUUUCAGGCUUAAAUAUAGAUGAAACUCAAAAACACUGAUAGUUGACAUACACACAGAAUAUAAUAGAGCUAUGUCUAUGGUAAAGGCAGAUAAGUGAUGGGGCCAAAUAGUCCUUCAUCCAACCAACAGGGAAUAUAGUCUUAAAUCUGGUGUUUUAUUUAGUAAUACCACUGUCAAUAAUGUAAACCUUAGCAGGGGCACUGGUACCAGAUGGACUAAGUCUGACUGAUGAUAAAGGCACAUGCAAAACACAACCAACAAAGGCGUCAGAGAACCUGAAGUAUUGUUUGUGACUGUGACAUUUCCAAGGAAGCCCUGCAAUUAUAUUGGGGUGAGGUAUGAUGUCUGACUGAAUGUUCCCCCACUCUUCAGAAGGUCCAUCGUUUGCUCACGCUGGCCAGAUGGAGCAACAGCUGUAUAAAAACCAGACAGGCUGCCUGCUUAACUGUACAAGGCUGGUUUUUAAUAUUGCAUGACUGGGCACAAUGAUACAUUAGGCGGAACUUGGCAGGCUGGUCAGAUUAGGCAGCUCUGGGUGCGGUUACAUUGCUUAGCGUUUGGCAGAGCUGGCCAAUAUACAUAGAAAUGUUGAGGAAACUCUAGGUGAUAAAUGUGGUUUGGGACUCCUAGUUUCUGGCUGAAAGUCCUCUAAAAACAAAAACAUCCUAGAACAGGGGAAGUUCCUAGAACAGGGGUAGGAGUCGUUCAGCAUUCCAGAUGUUGUGGACUAAAUUCCCAUAAUGCUCUUACAACCAUAAUGCAUGCAAAGCAUCAGGGGAUAUGAAGUCCACAACAUCUGGAGGGCCAAAGGUUGCCGUCCCUGUCUCCUUGGCUAGAACAUACAGUUUACAAACUAUAAAAAACAAAAACACAUUAACUUGCUCAAGCAAAUUAGAAAAGUGUCAGAUAGUACUCACAAUCCCGUGUGCCCCUUCAGUGGUGACCAAUACCAUAUGUACAUCAUUUUCUAUUUAAACAUUAGAACUCUUUUUACGUCUCCUCUUAUUCACAUUACAGUCUAAUGAAGAAAUAGAAUGGUUUAUACUAUGAUCGUAUAAUGACAACAUUAUAUAAUAGUGAAUUAAUAUUAUUGGUUAUACGAUGAUAAUAUAUCUAAUUGUAUUAUUUAAUGAAGCAAUAUUACACUUUAAAGGACCACUAUAGGCACCCAGACAACUUCAGCUUAAUGAAGUGGUCUGUUUGCCUGGUCCAGCUAGGGUUAACCCAUUUUUUUUUAUAAACAUAGCAGUUUCAGAGAAACUGCUAUGUUUAUGUUAGGGUUAAUCCAGCCUCUAGUGGCUGUCUCAUUGACAGCCGCUAGAGGGCUUCCGCGCUUCUCACUGUGAUUUUCAGAGUGAGAAGACGCCAGCGUCCAUAGGAAAGGAUUAUGAAUGCUUUCCUAUGAGACUGGCUGAAUGCGUGCGCAGCUCCUGCUGCGCAUGCGCAUUCAGCCGAAGAGGAGGAGAAGAGGGAGGAGAGAAGGAGGAGUGCUCCCCGCCCGGCGCUGGAAAAAAGGUAAGUUUAACCCCUUUCCUCUCCCCAGAGCCGGGCGGGAGGGGGACCCUGAGGGUGGGGGUACCCUCAGGGCACUAUAGUGCCAAGAAAACGAGUAUGUUUUCCUGGCACUAUAGUGGUCCUUUAAUAUUAUAAUUAUAUAAAUCACAUGUUUAAUAGUAUAACUAUAUAUCUCUUAUAAACGUCUUACUUUAAUGACAUUUUAAUGACGUGAAAUAUCUUAUUAUAAGGACUGUAUGUGUGAAUGUGAGAUUGGAUGCUCAUAAUUUACCUAGAAACAGUUAACUGGACAAGCAUACUUCCCUUCCUUUAAUCCAGCCAAUGGCAUUGCCCCAAACCCACAAUCCCAUGCCACGUAUACAAAGUUAGUUCAUUCAAUUCAAGAAUAAGAAGCAAACCAGCUUGGCAAAUAGGCUCAAAUUAACCAUGUGUGUGAAUAUUUAUCCCGCAUUCACAUUAUAUGCAAGACAACAGUAAGAGAAUUCCGGCCCCAGAUAAUGUAUUCACUUCCAUUAUAUUAGAACAAGCUUAACCUUUUGAGUGCUAGAGGGUUAAGCAGUGCAUUGUCCAGGCAUCCAUAGCAUUACACAAUCAGUCAAAUACAAUAAUCUUUUAAUUGGCUUCUAAACUGCUAACGUAUUAUGCAAUGCAAAUUGACAAAUAAACCCAAAUAUUUGGGGAGUUUAAACAAGGUUUUUUUUCUGUGUGAACAUAGCAAAUGGAUAUACUGAUACAUGGAGCACAAUGGGAUUACUGUAACAAUUGCAUAUAUUUUAGGAGAGGUGGCCAUCUACAUCCAUGGUGAUAUUUUAUUUUACAAAGUCAGCGUAUAAAAUGGGUUUUUAGUGCUCGCUUGGUGUGUCUUGUCUCCUGGAUUAUUUUGUAAUUAUUUUUAUGAAGAAAUGUUUUUUUUACUUAUUCAAAUACCUAUAAUUUUAUUGUCAGCACAAUUGUAUUCCUUCUCCUUUUUGUUUUUUGCUCAUAAUUAUAAAUAUUUUGAAUUAAAUUAUUCAUUAAUAAAUCAUUUUCAGGGAGAUUGAGUGAACCAGAAGAAGAGGGUGAAGAAUCUAAGUGCAGUGGGGAGACAGUGAUCCCCUCUGGACUUGUAUUUAAGGGUAUGAAUUCAGACUCCAAGGGUAACAUCAGUCUCACACUUUAAUUAUGGCGUGGUCCUCGUGGUUUGUAUUAAAGGUGCAGCAAUGAAAUGAUCAAGAUGUACAUAUUAGUCAGACCCCACACAGGGAAUGACAAAUAAACAUAGCAUCACCAUACAAGAAAAAUUAAAUUGCAGUAUGCUUUAUUUUAAAAUACAAAAACUUUAGAUUAAAGGACCACUAUAGGCACCAAGACCACUUCAGCUUAAUGAAGUGGUCUGGGUGCCAGGUCCAGCUAGGGUUAACCCUUUUUUCUAUAAACAUAGCAGUUUCAGAGAAACCGCUAUGUUUACCUAUGGGUUAAUCCAGCCUCUAGUGGCUGUCUCAUUGACAGCCGCUAGAGGGCUUCCGCGCUUCUCACUGUGAUUUUCACAGUGAGAAGACGCCAGCGUCCAUAGGAAAGCAUUGUGAAUGCUUUCCUAUGGGCUGACUGAAUGCGCGCGCGGCUCUUGCCGCGCAUGCGCAUUCAGCCGGUGACGGAAGAAGAGGGAGGAGAGGAGGAGGAGAGUCCCCCGCCCGGCGCUGGAGAAAGAGGUAAGUUUAACCCCUUCCACCCCCUAGAGCCCGGUGGGAGGGGGGCCAUGAGGGUGGGGGCACCCUCAGGGCACUAUAGUGCCAGGAAAACGAGUAGGUUUUCCUGGCACUAUAGUGGUCCUUUAAGGUUUCAUUAUGUGUUUCAUGCGUUUAGCACGUUAUUCAUAAAGUGCUAAACGCAUGAAACGCAUAAGACAGUGGUCCCGGUUUCCCAAUGCCUUAUUGUUCUCAAGGUUAUGUAACGACAAGGCAACUUUUCCACUCAAAUGAGUCUUUAUCAAGCCAUAACACAUGAUUUUCACAGUGAGAAGACGCCAGCGUCCAUAGGAAAGCAUUGUGAAUGCUUUCCUAUGGGCUGACUGAAUGCGCGCGCGGCUCUUGCCGCGCAUGCGCAUUCAGCCGGUGACGGAAGAAGAGGGAGGAGAGGAGGAGGAGAGUCCCCCGCCCAGCGCUGGAGAAAGAGGUAAGUUUAACCCCUUCCAUCCCCUAGAGCCCGGUGGGAGGGGAGCCAUGAGGGUGGGGGCACCCUCAGGGCACUAUAGUGCCAGGAAAACGAGUAGGUUUUCCUGGCACUAUAGUGGUCCUUUAAGGUUUCAUUAUGUGUUUCAUGCGUUUAGCACGUUAUUCAUAAAGUGCUAAACGCAUGAAACGCAUAAGACAGUGGUCCCGGUUUCCCAAUGCCUUAUUGUUCUCAAGGUUAUGUAACGACAAGGCAACUUUUCCACUCAAAUGAGUCUUUAUCAAGCCAUAACACAUGAUUUUCACAGUGAGAAGACGCCAGCGUCCAUAGGAAAGCAUUGUGAAUGCUUUCCUAUGGGCUGACUGAAUGCGCGCGCGGCUCUUGCCGCGCAUGCGCAUUCAGCCGGUGACGGAAGAAGAGGGAGGAGAGGAGGAGGAGAGUCCCCCGCCCGGCGCUGGAGAAAGAGGUAAGUUUAACCCCUUCCACCCCCUAGAGCCCGGUGGGAGGGGGGCCAUGAGGGUGGGGGCACCCUCAGGGCACUAUAGUGCCAGGAAAACGAGUAGGUUUUCCUGGCACUAUAGUGGUCCUUUAAGGUUUCAUUAUGUGUUUCAUGCGUUUAGCACGUUAUUCAUAAAGUGCUAAACGCAUGAAACGCAUAAGACAGUGGUCCCGGUUUCCCAAUGCCUUAUUGUUCUCAAGGUUAUGUAACGACAAGGCAACUUUUCCACUCAAAUGAGUCUUUAUCAAGCCAUAACACGAUGGCAUGAUAAAGACUCUUUGAAGGGACACUAAUGGCGCCCAGACCACUUCAUCUUAUUGAAGUGGUCUGGGCAGUGGUGUAUCCUGGUUUUGUGCUGCCCUAGGCAGGACAAAACUCAGACACCCCCACCCAACCCUUCCCCCCCACCUCACCUUCAAAAUACACACACACACACACACAGUCAGACACACACACACACAGUCAAACACACACAGUCAGACACAAACACACACACAGUCAGACACAAACACACACACAGUCAGACACAAACAUACACACACACACACACACACACAGUCAGACACACACACAGUCAGACACACACACAGUCAGACACAAACACACACACACACAGAGUCACACACAAACACACACACACACACACAGAGUCACACACAAACACACAGUCAGACACACAUAAUCACUCACAUUUUUUAACUUAACUCCCCCCCUCCUUACCUUUGGGAGUUCUGGGGGGGGUUCCUCUUUCUCCCUGGUGGUCCAGUGGCUGCCAGUCGGGCUGAUGGGCUGGCUACUGGGCGGGCGGCUGGCGAGGGAGCACUUCCUCUGCGCACUCUGCUCAGAGGAAGAGCUCCCUCGCGGCCCGCCCGACCAUCAGCCAGCGCCACCCGCCAGCCCAGCAUGUCUGUUAGCCGCAAGGCUAACUAGGCAUUUGCCCUGGGCAUUUGGGGGGCGGCGUUUUUUGCCGCCCCCUGAAAAAUGCCGCCCAAGGCAAGUGGCUAAUACGUCCCUGGGUCUGGGUGCAGUGUCCUUGUUCCCCUUAGUCCUGCAAUGUAAAACAUGGCAGUUUUAGAAAAAUUACAAUGAUUACAUUGCAGGACUAAAACUGCAAUGUCUGGGAGUUUAACAGACUCUGGGUCCCCUACAAAAGGCUGGACAACCCCACGCUCUGCAUGAGUACAUGCAGCUUCAGUCAAAUACUUUUCUAUAGGAAGGGCGCCAUGCAUGUGCAUUAGAUACCCCUAUCGAUGAUGUCGGACAAGGCAGGGCACCAACCUAGCAUCAAGGGAGAUUGGUGCUGGAAUCAGGUGAGUAAACAAAUGGUCUUUAACCCUUUAUGUUUCACGGGGGGCAGGGGAAGAGGGACACCUCGAGGGAAGGAAUACACGAGGCACUAUAGUGUUAGGAAUACAGCUUGUUAUUCCUCACACUAAGAAUCCCUUUCCAAUAAAAGCUGCAUUGGAUUAACCUUUGAGUGCCAGGACCCUCUCCUCUUUGUAAUUCACUGCAUUUGAAGUUCUGCCACCUUUGUCUGUGAGGCACCUUGGGAGAAUCAUAGCAGAAGACAUGUGCAAGAGCGCCCUAGAGCAGUAAAGAUUCACCUUCAACUCCCUAGUUGUUACAGACUGCAUUUCCCACAAUUCCAAGCCAGGAGGACAUGGUCUCAGUCUCAAUGCUGCGUUCUCCCUGGUUGCUUUUUUUUUAAUGAAUUCUGUGACACCAUUAGCAGAUAAGAUGUAGUGGUAACAAAUUGAUAAAGUAACAAGGGUGAAUUUUUUCUAACUCAGAUAUUUUGUUAUUUUUCCAUUUUUUUGUUUCUAAACCCCUAUAAUAUCUUUUAACUAAUCUGUGUUUCUUUUAAAUUUCUGAUUAGAGCAAAAUAUGAAAUAUUCUAAUUAUAUUAUCAUUGCUGUGUAGUGACAGUGAGAAAGCUGAUUGCUCAUAUUUUUGGGAUACAUUUUAGAGUUCUUACUUCCUGUUGACGAUAAUUGUUCACAUUUGUUUGUUUUUCUUUUUUUUUUUUACACAUUUGCAGGUGAAAAUGAAUUAAUGUCAGGAGAACAGUUCAUGAACACAGUUGCUGUAAAUAAGACCAUUAGGAAACCAAAACCUUUUAAGGAACAGAUCCCUGUUAGAGAUGUCACUCUGGAAGUGCAGAAUAAAAAUUACCUGAAUGAUCGUAAUGGCUCAUGGCACACACACCUAAACAUCCAUCGCAUGGCACAGCUAGACUGCCACUUUAAUUUAGAAAAUGGGACCUCAGAACCUGAGCACAACAUUAACAUUGAAAAUAAAAGGCUCAGAUUUUGCAGGCUCAUGAGUUAUGAAGAGCCGUCCACCGAGGCAGACAUCCUCAUAAAAGAAAAGAAACAAAGAAGCUAUUCUCUAGAAAGUACACCUGUUAAUGAUUUCAACAGGAAAGCCUCAUUAAAACACACACUGCCCACAACAUGGGCACAACAUCACCUUCCUUCCUCAAAGUUAACAUCUACCACUGAUAAAGUCUUCUACUAUCCUUUCCCUCAGAAGAAAACUCCUCGCAUAUCGGAAACUGCUAGAAAACUUGGUUUAUAUGUAACACAUUAAAACAAAUAUUUGAACUCUGACACUAGACAAAGUGACCUCAGUGUCCACUUUAUUUGUUUUCUCCAGAGCAUAUUUUGUUUCCAAUUGUAAUACAUGUUGGUCAGGAUUUGACGCUUGUAUUUAAAUGCUCAGCAGAAGAUGGCAUUGAUGAACAGAUGAAACAUCAAUGUAACAUAGAAAAAAUGAACUAAAGAAUACUUCCAUUUCAUGACCUUGUCAUUAGUCGUGGAUUAGAGGGACACUUUUAAGACAAGAUGUGUUAUAAGAUUAAUUUUUCUCAUUACGUUCUGAUAUAGUCAUUAAUGCAUGACAUUUUAGAAAUGUCUCUAAUACAAUUUUCUGGAGAGGUAUGAAAGUGAUAUAGAAAAGUGGUUCUGAGUUCUAAAAGUUGAGCAAUCAACAUGAAAGUCUGUGGAAUGUUUAUUUUGUUUUCCAUUCCAUUGCUCCAUGUUUAGAACAUUGCUGCAAAUUUCUAUUUUCAACAUUUUCUAUCAGCCUACUGUCUCAUUUGUUUUCCAUAAUUCUCUUUUAACCUUACAAAUUACAUUUUGUUUAUCACUCCCAAUUACAUUUCCCCCUCAUCCAUCACCCUAUUUCUAUUUUGUUUCUUCUUUCACCUAAUCUCCAACUCUUUCUUUCCUGUUUACCAUUUUCCUCUUCAUUUUACCUCUAAGUUACUCUUUUGUAAUUUUUUUUAACUCAAACAUCAUCUCCUAUCCUACUCACUUUAUUUACCAUCAGCCUUAUCCUCUAUUCAGAUCCACCUUACCUCCUACUGCUACCAGUUCUUUGCUACUGACCCUGUUGCAUCUCAUCAACCAGCUUAUUCUGUGUUCCUCUUUCUUUCUAUCAAUUACAUAUUAAAACUUCUUCUUUUACCACCUUGCUCCUUAAACUCAAGUUGGUUUCCGAGUAUAAUUACAUAAGUUAAAUUGAUAUAUAUUUUGUCACACAGACAAUGACUCUGAAUUUAGAUAGAAAGCCCUAGCAUGGUAGUAAACAUAUUUUAUUUAUAGAUUAGAAGUAUGUAUUUAAAUAUCCUAUAAAUGCUUUUUCAGAACAUCUAUGACCAGUCAUGGUUAGCCUAUACGAUGAUGUUUCUGUCAGUUAGAGGCAGGAGAUAAUUGUUCUUGGAGAACUAGGGACAAGUGACAAAAGCCCUACCGUAUCACCUUCAACGUAGAGUGCUUUGCCAUUGAUUAAGUAGGAGGCAGUAAACAUAAAGGGAGAACGUUGGUGGGGCAGGUAGUCCUGAUUGGAGAUAUAGGUAUGCUGAUAUUGAAUAUUGUUGGCAUAUGGAGACAAGUAAUAAGCAGGAGAAGUAAUUGGAAAUUGGAAUUGAUAUGUUGAGGAAGAAGAUAACUGCUGUAUGUGUCAGACAUGGUACAGAUAUAGAACUGGCAUAGAGUGAUUUGAGAUGGUAGGUACUAGGAGUGGAGCAGUAGAUGAUGGACCUAGUAUGUAAGUUAGAGACAGAUAAAGGAAGUGAAAAUAGAAAGAUAGAGAAAGGGAAGUGAAAUUAAAGAAAAGUAGGGUGAAUUCAAAGAGAGUGGUGGUGUUAUAUAGAAAGUGGUUCAUUUUAAAGGAGCAUUUAUUAGAACGAUACACGGAACUCCUGGAUGAGAGUAAAGAAAGUAAGAUGGAACAAAUUGAGAAAAGUGAGAUUUAAAUUUUUUUUUUUUUAAUUUAAAGUCAGACAGCAACAAAAACACACGCAGUACAAUUCACAAUCUUGUUGCAAUACAAGAGGCAUGUGCAUGCGCACUUACUGAUAUUUUUAACUUUUUUUUUAAAGGAGAUAAGGGAAGCAUAGAGUAUAAUUGGAAGAGAAAAAGUAGACGAUGAAAGAACUAGAGGCUAAAGUGCUCUGCCAAGAAGAUGGGAGCAAGAAGUUUAAAAUGCGAAGAGAGAGCAACAAAGUAACAAAAAGGGGGAGAUUUUAUUAGAGUUUGGGAACUUUUACACAUUUUGCACUAGGGGGCAUUUUCACUUUUCAAAUCAUUUCUAAAUUCAGUGCUAGAGAUCAUAUGAUGAACAAUUCGUUCAUUAACCAAAGUAACAAUUUCCAAGCUUUUUUUUCCAGCCUAAAUUUUGCAUCUGAUGCAAAAUAACUUAUUAGCGAAUAGACAUCUUAGCCUUAAUUACUUGCUAUUAUGAUCCUUAGAUGGUUCCUUUCAUUAGUGCCUUAUUAUCAGGGAAUCGCAGAUAGUGUCCAUUGUGUAGGAAUUGUAGCGACAUAAUGAUGGGAGACAUUGCAUAGUGAUAGUGAUAUAUGGUACUGUAUAAAUGUAUAGUGAUAGUGCAAACAGAUAAUUAUUUUCAGAAAUCUGUAAAUAAAUAGUAUGCACUCAAAGAAAACCACAAAUUUGUUAAAACAUCAAUAAAAUGUAAAAAUUAGAAAAAAAUAUCUACUGC